AUGUCUGGAACGCAUAAAGUUGAAAUACGUGAAACAAAACCGUUUACUGAUCAAAAACCGGGUACAAGUGGUCUAAGAAAACCGACAAAAACAUUCAAAGAAAAUAAUUAUUUUGAAAAUUUUAUUCAAUCAUAUUUUGACGACGUACAAGAACAAAAACCACUUCAACAAUGUACACUGGUGGUAGGAGGCGAUGGACGAAAUUUUGUUAAAGAAGGAGUAAAAAUCAUCAUACAAAUGGCAGCUGCCAAUAAUGUUCAUAAAUUAAUUGUUGCCUCCAAUGGGAUUAUGUCAACUCCUGCGGUGAGUAAUGUAAUUCGAAAAUAUUCAACAGAUGGAGGAAUUGUUCUUACAGCCAGUCAUAAUCCAGGUGGAAUUAAUGCUGAUUAUGGAGUAAAAUUCAAUAUUUCAAAUGGAGGUCCUGCUCCAGAAGCUAUUACAAAUAGUAUUUGGGAUAAAACACGUCAAAUUACCCAUUUUAAAAUUUGUUCAACCAUCGACAUAGACAUAAGUCAACUUCACAAACAACAAUUUCAAAUUGAAGGUUCUUCUCAACCGUUUGAAGUUGAAAUUAUCGAUAGUGUUGAUGAUUAUGUUGAGUUAAUGAAAUCUAUAUUUGAUUUUGAUAUUCUCAAAUCUUUACUCAAUUAUGAAAAGGAACAUUUUAAAAUUAUGAUUAAUGCACUCAGUGGUGUUAUGGGACCGUAUGUAACGAGAAUAUUUCAUCAAGAGCUACAAGGAAAAGACAGUGUUAUAGUAAAAAAUUGUCAACCGUUAGAAGAUUUUGGAGGACAUCAUCCCGAUCCAAAUUUGACAUAUGCUCAUGAAUUAGUUGAGGAUAUGGAACAUGGUGAUUAUGAAUUUGGAGCAGCAUUUGACGGAGAUGGUGAUCGUAAUAUGAUAUUAGGUAAAAAAGGUUUUUUUGUUACUCCUUGCGAUUCAUUAGCUGUACUGGCUGCCAAUCUUAAUGUUAUACCUUAUUUUCGGACACAUGGUAUCAAUGGUUAUGCAAGAUCGAUGCCAACAUCCGGAGCUGUCGAUAGAGUUGCAAAAAAACAAGGAAAAGAACUAUACGAAACACCCACUGGUUGGAAAUUCUUCGGCAAUCUAAUGGAUUCAAAAAAAAUUUCAAUUUGUGGCGAAGAAUCGUUUGGUACUGGAUCUGAUCACAUUCGAGAAAAAGAUGGUAUGUGGGCUGUAUUAAGUUGGCUAUCAGUAUUGGCCACUGUUAAUAAAUCUGUUGAACAUUUAUUAAAUCAACAUUGGCAGACAUAUGGAAGAAAUUUUUUUACAAGAUAUGAUUAUGAAGAAAUCGAUGGUAGUGGUCCAUUUGCAAUGUUAAAACGUUUAGAAGGUUUUUGUAUGUCAAAUGAACUUUUAAAUAAAACAUUUCCAUCUGGAACAAAACAGUAUACCAUUCAGUUAAUGGACGAUUUUAAUUAUACAGAUCCUAUUGAUCAAAGUUAUACGGAAAAACAGGGUAUUCGAAUAAUAUUCACGGAUGGCUCGCGAAUUGUAUUUCGUCUUAGUGGUACAGGUAGUCGUGGAGCGACAGUUCGAUUGUAUGUUGAUAGUUAUGAAAAUGAUCCAAGUACAUAUGACAAAGAUGCUCAGGAAAUGCUGCAACCUCUCGUAUCAUUAGCGCUAAAUAUUGCUCAAUUAAAAGAAUUUACUGGUCGUGAUAAGCCAACUGUUAUUACUUAA